AUGGAAAUUGUAGAAGACGAGCGUCUUUUGAGUCUUGGGCUUGCAAUCGUGAUAGAUUCUAGUCGCGCAGAGAGAAAAAUGAAACGAAAGAGAAGGGAAAUUUGUUAUAAGAGUUUCGAUGAUGAUGACGAUGAUGAUACAACAGAUGGAGUAGCAGUCUCUGAAGGAAAGAUUUUCAGUCUUUUCGAGGCGAGAGAAAUCAUGUUAAAAAAAGAAAACAAAAGAUCAAGGGAAGUUGCCGGCGAAGAUGGAAAAGGGCUCCAUUUGAUCCAUUUAUUGCUCAUGUCCGCUACCUCUCUUGAUCAGAACAAACUUGAUUCAGCCGUGGAGAAUCUGAGGGAAUUGUAUCACAAUGUGUCUUUAAGUGGCGACUCUGUGCAAAGGGUUGCGGCUUAUUUUGCAGACGGGUUAGUUGCAAGGCUUCUCACUCGUCGAUCACCGUUUCAUGAGAUGAUUAUGAAGGAACCGUCAGCGGAAGACGAGUUCUUAGCCUACAUGGAACUCUACAGAGUAUCCCCUUACUACCAGUUUGCUCAUUUCACUGCAAACCAAAUGAUCAUGGAAGCAUUUGACAGGGAAGAAAACAAAUACAAUCGCGCGUUGCAUGUGGUGGACCUUGAUGUAUCCUAUGGUUUCCAGUGGCCUUCUCUUAUGCAGUCGCUUACAGAAAAGGCCACAAGUGGAAAUCGUGUGUCUCUUCGGAUCACAGGGUUUGGUAAAACCUUGGAGGAACUCGAAGAGACAGAAGCAAGGCUUGUUGCAUUUGCCAAAACCUUUAGGAACCUAACUUUUGAGUUCCAAGGUAUGUUAAGGUCAAAGUUUGGAGUAAAAUCAAUAAGGAAAAGGAAGAACGAGACACUAGUCGUAAAUUUGGUUUUUUACUUAAACUCAUUAUGCAACUUCGCACGCAUAUCCGAGACGUUACAUUCGGUACAAAUGUUAAACCCUGAGUUGGUUGUUUUGGUUGAACAAGAAGGCGGCCGCAGUCCAAAAACAUUCUUAUCGAGAUUCAUGGAAUUCUUGCAUUACUACGCAGCCAUGUUCGACUCACUAGACGACUUCCUUCCACUUGACAGUCCCCAGAGGCUGCAAAUCGAAAAAAAUCACCUUGGUAAAGAAAUAAAGCGGCUAAUGGACUUUGAUAACGACGAGGUGUAUUCGCCAAAAUACGAGAGGAUGGAAACAUGGAAAGGAAGGAUGGAAAAUCAUGGAUUUGAAGGAAUGAAUUUAAGUUCCAAGUCAAUAAUCCAAGCAAAGCUAUUGUUGAAAAUAAACAGUCAUUACUGUCCUGUUCAGUUUGGUGUUGAAAAUGGAGGGUUCGCUGCUUUUGAAAGAGAACAAGCCAAUGCCAUUUCACUGGCUUGGCAAGACAAAUGCCUCAUCACAGCAUCUGCAUGGCAAUGCACAGGGGGGAGCACAUCGUGA